AUGCGUAUCCGCUCCAGCUCUAUAGACAACACGAGUUCACGCCUGGAGAUAGCGAGCUAUUCGCUGAUUGGACGACGACCUGUUGGUCUCCAGGGGAAGCCGCGCGACACAAGCCGCACGCGAGUCCCCAACUUGUGCCGCUUACAAAGUCGCUAUGGAAGCCGCCAGGGUCCAGUGUGGCCUCCGCGCGGGCCUCGCCAGCGCUGCAGGAACGUGACAGUUGGUCAGUUUGCGCAGAAUGUGGGCGGUGACGCAGGGGCGCCUCGUGGGCCAGGGCCUUAA